CCGGAGGCGGCGGGGUGGCGACGGCGGUGAGCGGGUCCUUGUGGCCUAGAAAAAUCCUGCAAAAAUGUCUCUGUACCCAUCUCUUGAAGACCUGAAGGUAGACAAAGUUAUUCAGGCUCAAACUGCCUUUUCCGCAAAUCCUGGCAACCCAGCAAUUUUGUCUGAAGCUUCUGCUCCCAUCUCUCAAGAUGGAAAUCUCUAUCCUAAAUUGUAUCCGGAGCUCUCCCAGUACAUGGGCCUGAGUUUAAAUGAAGAAGAAAUCCGUGCAAAUAUGGCCGUGGUCCCUGGAGCACCAGUUCAGGGGCAGUUGGUAGCAAGACCUUCCGGUAUGAACUAUAUGGUGGCUCCUGUAACUGGUAAUGAUGUUGGAAUUCGUAGAGCAGAAAUUAAGCAAGGGAUUCGUGAAGUCAUUUUGUGUAAGGAUCAAGAUGGAAAAAUUGGGCUCAGGCUUAAAUCAAUAGAUAAUGGCAUAUUUGUUCAGCUGGUCCAGGCAAAUUCUCCAGCCUCAUUGGUUGGUCUGAGAUUUGGGGACCAAGUACUCCAGAUCAAUGGGGAAAACUGUGCAGGCUGGAGCUCUGAUAAAGCACACAAGGUACUCAAACAGGCUUUUGGAGAGAAGAUUACUAUGACUGUUCGUGACAGGCCCUUUGAACGGACAGUUACCAUGCAUAAGGAUAGUAUUGGACAUGUUGGCUUUAUCUUUAAAAAUGGAAAGAUAACAUCCAUAGUGAAAGAUAGUUCUGCAGCCAGAAAUGGUCUUCUCACAGAACAUAACAUCUGUGAAGUCAAUGGGCAGAAUGUCAUUGGGCUGAAGGAUUCUCAAAUUGCAGACAUACUGUCAACAUCUGAGACUGUAGUUACUAUUACAAUCAUGCCUGCUUUUAUCUUUGAACAUAUUAUUAAACGGAUGGCACCAAGCAUUAUGAAAAGCCUGAUGGAUCAUACCAUUCCUGAGGUUUAAAAGUCAUGGCACAAUGGAAACUUCACUGAACUCCAGUUUACUUCUUGGGCAACUUAACUUUAUAUUAUGCACAUGAAGCUUUCUAGGAGCCAGAGAGCAUAUGCUGCAUGAAGACCUUUCUAUCUUACAUUAUGGCUGGGAAUCUUACUGUCUUGAUUGGAUAUCUUAUUCACACUUCAAGAUUGUUGUAGCCUUAUCCUGGUUUUACUGAUGUGAAACUUUGGACAGAUUUUAACUGAUUUUCAUUGAGUAGUUUCUCUUCUGGAAACCCGAUGCUUUUACAAGCCAUUAUCAUUAGAAUGACUGAUACAGGCUUAGCUCUGUGUUAGAACCAAUCACCUUUAUCUUACAUAUCAAGUAGUGCUGUUCAUAUUACUUUAGUUCUAUGGUAUAAUUGCAUUUUUAAUGUGUAACCAUAGUACAUGUAGAAUGACUGCUUUUGAUGUUUUUUUAGUUCUGUGUGUGUGUGUAAAAUACCAAUUAAGUACACUGGUUUCAUUCCAUGUAAGCAUUAUACAGUGUAUGUAGGUUGCUAGAGAUUGUGUUGAUCAUCAUUUAAUUGUAACUACCUUUACUUAAUAUGCUUCAACUGUCGCCUUAACCGUGUUAAGCAUCUAGAAUAAAAGC